AUGCAGUCUACAGGAGAGGUGAACCACACAACUGUGACAGAAUUCAUCCUGCUGGGAUUCGGGAAAGGACCUGAGACUCAGGUGCUGCCUUUUGUGUUGUUCCUUGUGAUUCACAUAGCUACUGUCCUAGGAAACACUAUCAUGGUUCUCAUCAUUCGAAUCGACCCUCGCCUUCACACCCCCAUGUAUUUCUUCCUCAUGAACCUGUCACUCCUAGACCUCUGCUACUCCUCAACCAUUGCCCCCAAAGCCAUGGCCACCUUCCUACAAGGCAGCAAAACCAUUUCCUACAAUGGAUGUGCUGCACAGUUGUUCUUUUUUUCUCUCUUUGGCAGCACAGAAACAUUCAUCCUGGCAGCAAUGGCAUAUGAUCGAUACAUAGCCAUCUGCAAUCCACUCCUCUAUUCUGUCACCAUGUCCAAAAAGGUCUGCGUUCAGCUCAUCGUGGGCUCCUAUAUAGGUGGCAGCACAAAUUCUCUAGUGCAAACCAGCUUCACCUUUGCACUCAGUUACUGUGGGCCUAAAGAGAUCAACCAUUUCUUCUGUGAUGUUCCCCCCUUGCUAAACCUGUCCUGCACCUCAGAUAUGCACAUCAAUGAACUGGUGCUGUUUGUUUUGUGUGGCCUCAUCAUCGUGAGCACAUCAGGAAUCAUCCUCAUCUCCUACGCCUACAUCACCUAUGCCAUUUUCAGGAUUCGCUCAACCAAGGGCAGGCUCAAGACCUUAUCCACCUGCUCCUCCCACAUGGUAGCUGUGGCUUUAUUUUUUGGGACUCUUUCCUUUAUGUAUACCCAACCAGGUUUUCGGUCUUCUCCACGUCUGAAUAAGGUGGUGUCUAUGUUCUAUACUCUUGUCAUCCCCAUGUUGAAUCCCUUCAUCUACAGCUUCAGGAACAAGGAUGUGAAAGAUGCUUUGAGAAAGACCAUAGGUAGGUUAAUGACUUUUAAAUAA